CACACUUACAGGCGUGGUUCCGAAUUCCACUUCCUCCUUACCGCAUCAUUACGUUUAAGUAGCACAUCACCAGAAACUUGGGAGUCUUCAGCAGUGUUUGUUAUUUGGAUGUAACCGAGCACAGAAAAGGAAGUACUUCAAUAUUAUGGCAGAGUCAGACAAAGGACCUAUUUUGACCUCAAUCAUCAUUUUCUACUUGUCCAUCGGAGCCGCGAUAUUUCAGAUCCUCGAGGAGCCGAGUUUGAUAUCAGCUCAAGACGAUUAUAAUAACGAAACUGACCAUUUAUUAAAGAGAUUUCCUUGCUUAAAGCGGGACGAUCUGGAUGAGAUCAUUCAGGUUGUGGCCAAGGCGGCUGGAAAAGGUGUGACUGUAACAACCAAAAAUAAAUUCAACAACUGGAGUUGGGAGAAUGCAGUUAUUUUUGCUGCCACAGUCAUCACUACCAUAGGUUAUGGUAAUGUUGCUCCGAAGACAAUUGGAGGCCGUUUAUUCUGUAUUCUGUAUGGAUUGUGUGGCAUUCCUCUUUGCCUCACCUGGAUAAGUGAGCUGGGUACAUUCUUUGGCGGCAGGGCAAAGCGCCUGAGUCAGGUGCUUCUCCACAAAAACCUCAAUGUGAAAAAAGUACAGUUCAUCUGCACCAUUGUAUUCCUUUUAUGGGGUUUCCUGGUUCACUUGAUCAUCCCAGCCUUUGUGUUCAUGAGCCUUGAGAACUGGACUUACUUAGAAGGACUGUACUUCUCCUUCACCACCUUGACGACUGUUGGUUUCGGUGACUAUGUAGCAGGUGUGAACCCAGACCAGGAAUACCCCAAUCUCUACAGAUUCUUUGUGCAGCUAUGGAUCUUCCUGGGUCUUGCCUGGUUGUCACUGUUCUUCAGCUGGAAUGUGCAUAUGGUGGUUGAGGCUCAUAAAGUUCUGAAGAAAAGGAGGCUGAGACGCCACAAGCUGCCCAUUGAUGACGUACCAGAAAAAAAAGAAGUAAAAAAAGCCCAGAAGCCUUCGCCUCGCUCUGGUGUCAUCGACAUCUUUGAGUUCAUGUCUGAGAAGGUCGAAGACUAUACCGAUGUCAUCCGAGCUAUCGGAGCAGCCGAGAAAGGGAAAAAGAAGCAAGAGGAGGAACUGGCACGGUCCAAGAGCUGCAGUGACCUACUGCAGGGCCUGGUCAUCCCACUCGAUCACUCUCCUCGUCUGAAACGGCGGUUCAGCGUCAGUGCGAACAUGUGCAUGGUCAUUUCUGGAGAGUCAAUGGAUGGCCUCAACAACAACCAAGAGGAACGGACACUACUGAAAGAGCACCACAGAGACCCAAAAGACCCUAAGAUUGUUAGAGAGGGAAUUAAGAAAUCUGAGAAGCCCAGACACUGUGCAUUGGACACCAGAAAAUCUGACCCAUCAAUCUUUCAGAGCCCUGUUCAAAGCCCUACUGUUACUACCAGUAAUAGGGGUUCAAGAUUCUCAGUGUCCAAAGUAUCAGAAGACCAUUUAUUAGGGAAGAGAAAAAGCAUUGGUUGAAGAAACAAUACAAGACUGAUCUACAAUGUCUUCAAAAGCAGUUCAGCUCUGCUUUAAAUCAGUAGUAGAGGAUCAAUAUUAUCCAUGUCUAAAGUAUCGAAGACUAUUUGUUAAAGAAGAGGAAAAGCAUUGGUUGAAGAAAAGACUGAUCUACCAGGUUGUAGAUCGAAAGACCAAUCUUCAAUAUCUUCAAAAGCAAUUCAGCUCUGCUUUAAAACAGUAGUAGGGGAUCAAGAUUCUCCGUGUCUAAAGUAUCUGAAGACUUUUUUAGGGAAGAGGCAGUAAAAACCAUAAUGCACAGUAUUGGAUUUGGAUUAGUCCCGUCUGACCAAUACCCUAUCUAACAAAUAAAUGGUCUCUAUCAGACUGAUACCAAUACUGAGUAUUGUAUCAAAGCACUGGUUGAAAAAGAGACUGAUCUACAAGGUCUAAAAGACUAAUGAAAAGACUGAUCUGCAAGGUUAUAGAUCAAAAGACUGAUCUUCAGAACAAUUUAAAAGUCUUCAAUUCAGUUCUGCUUUUUUUUGUUUUGUUUUGUUUUUUUGAGAUCAUUAUGACUGAGCUGAUACUAUCAGGACCACUUGAGGAACUAAGAAGACUGUAACUUCAAGACCCAAGAAUGUUGCUCUGAUAUGAAGACAGGUGCAUCCUCUUGCUAAGUCAAGCUGCAAAAGUGUUCAUUGCUUUUCACAGUGUUGAAAACUAUUCAGGUAACACACAGGGUCUUGCAGCCAGUCUGUGACCAAGAUAAGGAUAUGAGGGUUAGCAGAGGAAAUGAAACCGAUUUCCUUCCACACCCUGGACAUUAACAGACAUUGGACAGUUUGGGUGUGGGACUGUGGUUUUAACCAUGGGUUUUUCAUUCUGUCUCUGGAUUUAUGUUACCAAAAUGACUGCUAGGACAAAUCUCCAGCUAUGUUUAGAACUGAAUACUAGCGCAUUGUUAAAUGUGCAGUAUUAUAUACUGAAUAUGAACCAUUUAAGUUAAUACAACUUAAGCUUGCAUGUCAUUGCUGGAUAGUGACACCAAAGGAAUUGCGAAAAUAAUGACUUUUCAAACAAGUUUCUCAAACACUACUUGUGGCUUGGUUGGACAACCAGAUAGCCCUGCCCUGAACUUAUACCAUUGGUUGAGCCAAUAUUGCUGUGUCGGGAUGCUCAAACAGAGCAAUCUUUUGAUACCCUUGCAGUGUUUACAGGGAAUCAAUUAAAUAUUAAGCUGAGAUUGUGUCUAGGUCUAUAUCCAUAUUUAGUAUAGAUAGAUGGAAUAGAAAAUUACAUCACUUUAAAGUUCUAUUGAACCUGGAACCUCUCUUUAAAAAAAUAUUUUGUGAAACAGCAUGCAAUAUAAGUAUAAUGCUGUGUUUUGUAUAAAUUGUAUGUAUUAAUCGGUGAGUUUCAUCCAGUUAUCGUUUGAGAAUUUUUUCCCCCCAUUUUAUACAAACAGUACAUUUUGACAGUCUGAACUAUUUAAAGGGAUAGUUCACCCAAACAUUCUGUCAUUUACUCAUCCUCAAAUCGUUACAAACCUGUAUACAUUUCUUUGUUCUGCUGAACACAAAGGAAGAUAUUUUGAAAAAUGUUUGUGACCAAGCAAAUCUGGGGCACCAUUGACUUCCAUAGUAGGAAAAAAAUUAUACUAUGGAAGUGAAGGGUGCCCCAGAUCUGUUUAGUUAUUAACAUCUUCAGAAUAUCUUCCUUUGAGUUCAGGAAAGAAAUGUGUACAGGUUUGAAACAAUGUGAGGGUGAAUAAAUUAUGACAAUUUUGGCUGAACUAUCCCUUUAAAAAAGAGCUGUUCGAAUUUUGUGUUUUAUAGUGCUUCCAGUUAAUUUCCAGUCAAACUGGAAAUGAAAGGUCAAGUUGAUCUCACUGCAUUGUGGGAUAUAGUAUUCCACACAGUGUUGUUUCAUUGUACUGAACAUUUUGGCAAAUGUUGUAGGUUGUUUUUGCAGUAUUUGCACACUGCAAAUAGCAUGCCAUGUAGUUCAAGUAUUAUGAAUUCUUGAGCAUACCUUCUGUCUUGAAUGCUGUAGCAGUUCUGUGGCUGUUCAACUUGCACUUUGGAUGUUUAAACAUGGGCCUACUGAGGAAGCACCUACUCAGGCUUCCAGAAAAUUGCCUCCUCAUGAAAGAUUUCUUUAUGAAAGAUGUAUUAUGGGACGUAACUCAAUCUUAUCACCUGACUGAUUAUGGAUUUUGGUCAAGAAUUUUGCCUUUCAUUCUUUUUGAUAAACGUCUAUAUUUUCUAUUGUUUUAUAUGCAACUUUUGGUAAUAAAAAAGUAUUUUUUGACAGUA